AUGCCCAAAACGAUGAGAGCAACAGCUGGACUUAUCUUACUUGGUAUCAUAGCUAUUAUAAUCGCUGUUCAAACUGUUUGUCUCACAGAACCAAUUGAUUUAUCUUCGCUUCGUUGGAGUAUAAAAGCUACAAGUACCACCGGUUUGUCAAGUCAACCGGAUGCCGAUGCUCGGGCACUUUCUUUUUGUACUGGUAUAACAUUGGAUGCAUCAAGUACAUUGUUCAUUGCUGAUUAUGAAAAUAGUCGCAUACAGAAAAAGAUUUCUAAUGCACUGAAUUUAACAACAAUUGUUGGUAAAGCUAAUAUAAACUCAACAAACACGUCAACAACACUGAAUCUACUGACUGAUGUAGCUGUUGAUUCAACUGGAAAUAUUUCCGGAGCUGAUAGUGCAACUGGGACAGGUAAGAAAAAUGAACUUGGAUCAUUGAGUGGAACAAUAGUUGCUGGUGAAAAUGGUGCAGGGAAAGAUAUAACACAAUUAUUUUGUCCACAUGGAAUUUAUUGUGAUUUAGCAACAAAAAGUCUCUACAUAAGUAAUUUUGCUGCGAAUAACAUUAUUCGUUGGGUCAUUGGUGAUCAUUGUUGGACACUUGUCGCUGAAGUUUGA